GGCAAGAAACUAAGUGGACGAAAAAAAACUAAAGAGAGAAAGGGAAUAAUAUUACCUCGCAUCCUCUUGCUGUUCUUCGUUUGCACGCAGGGAUCGGCACGAGGGUGCUCGCCCACUCUCGCGUCGAUCCGGCAAUUCCAUGGGUAUACUGAGCUCGGCCACCAGAUGUUGCUGCUGCAAGAACCUCCUGAGCUGCAACCUCCUCAGAUGUGCAUGCUGCUGCUCGUGGAUCCGCGGUGUCUGUGGCAGGGCGAACAGGAAGGCGACGACACAAGAGGCGUCGGACACGAAGAGGAAAAAGAAGAGGAAGUGGUUUUUCGGCUUCUGUGGUGGGGCGGUGCGAGAAAGGGAGGAUCCGGUGGUGUCAUCAGAGUCGAAUAAGAAGAGGAAGAAUCCGGCGACGAUCCCUGAGCCGGAGAAGGGCAAGUGGACAAACAAGAUAUGGAAGAAGAAAGAAGAGAACGGGUUGGCAGCCCUAGUCAAAGAAAUUUCGCUCUCAAACAGUGCCAAGCACAGGGCUCAAGCAGGGGAGAUAUUACGGAUCGGCAACCAUAACAUCCCUAGUAGGGUGUUUACAUUCAGUGAAUUGGUUGAUGCCACCAACAAUUUCAGCCUAGAAAACAUGCUGGGUGAAGGCGGUUUUGGAAGGGUGUACAGAGGAUACACUCGAGACACUAUGGAAGCCAUAGCAGUUAAGCAGCUUGACAAGGAUGGGUUGCAAGGAAACCGCGAGUUCCUUGUCGAGGUGCUGAUGCUUAGCCUACUGCAUCACCCAAACCUAGUCACCUUGCUCGGGUACAGCACUGAUUGUGACCAGAGGAUCCUAGUGUACGAGUUCAUGCCACUCGGUUCAUUGCAAGACCAUCUCCUGGAUCUCACUCCAAAUUCCCAGCCACUAUCUUGGAAUACAAGGAUGAAGAUUGCAGUUGAUGCAGCUAGAGGCAUUGAGUACUUGCAUGAGGUAGCCAACCCGCCAGUGAUCUACCGUGAUCUCAAGGCAUCAAACAUUCUCUUAGAUGGAAACUUCAAUGCCAAGUUAUCAGACUUUGGCCUGGCGAAACUUGGUCCAAGCGGCGACAAAAGCCAUGUCAGCACUAGGGUGAUGGGCACGUAUGGCUAUUGUGCUCCCGAGUAUGCUAUGACUGGCAAGCUAACUAAGACGUCAGACAUCUAUAGCUUUGGUGUAGUUCUCUUGGAGCUCAUCACUGGGAGGCGAGCAAUCGACACCACAAAGCCGACUCGUGAGCAGAUUCUUGUUCAUUGGGCAGCACCAUUCUUCAGGGAUAAGAAUUGCAAUGCUGCUCUUCUAAAUGUUGUUUAUCUGCAGGCAGCACCAUUCUUCAGGGAUAAGAGGAAGUUUGUGAAGAUGGCUGAUCCAUUGCUGGAGAAGAAAUUCCCCCUCAAAGGUCUAUACCAGGCACUUGCAAUCUCAUCAAUGUGCUUACAAGAAGAAGCAAGCAGUCGGCCACUGAUCAGUGAUGUGGUGACCGCCCUUGCAUUUCUUGCUGAUCCAAACUAUGAUCCUCCAGAUGACAUCAAAGAUCCUCUACCCAUAACAGUUCCAAACAUAGACAUAGAAACUAGACAAAAAGAAACUGAAGGAGGUGAAGAACAAUUACAACAAAAAGAAGAAAGUAGCUGAAACGGCUUCUUAAAUUAAGAGAUGACAAAUCAAGCCAGAGAGGUGUGUACUGGAUCCAGAUGGCUCACAUAGGCAGGAUGUAACAACAGAUCAUGUUCUUGAAUGAAACUGAUGUAUGUGGUUUGGUAGGUGUAAUCAAUUUUUCAACAGUGUGUUCUUCAUUAUUUCAUAUAUAGGCAGGAUGUAACAGCAGAUCAUUUUCUUGAAUGAAGCUAACGUAUGUGC